AUGAUGUUCUCUAGGGCGAAUCUUAGUGCUGCUUUGCAGCCUUUGCUUGCACUGACUGAUUGUAAAGAUCGAUGGGUUCAAAUAACGGCAGCAAAAGAAAUCUAUUAUGGGAAAUGGAGGAACAAUAAGUUCAAACCAAAAUUCUCAGCGCAAGAGACUUGGCAUCAGGAUAUCAAAAAUCUUGUUUGCAACAAAUCUCCAUUUCAUAAAGUCACACAAAGAAAACGACGGUGCUGCCCUCGUCGCCGGCGAGAAUCAACGAUGAUUGAUCGUAGAAGUGGAGGAGAAGAUCGAAUAAGCUUAUUACCAGAUGCUCUUCUCUCUCAGAUACUCUCCACUCUCUCUACCAAAGACGCUGUCAAGACAAGUCUCUUAUCCACCAGAUGGAGAUCGGUCUGGCUUUCGAUUCCCGGUUUAGAGCUCGACGACGACGACUUCCCGAAUUGCAAGUCCUUCGUGAGCUUCGUCGACAGAUUCUUCCUCUUCUCCACGGAGUCACCAAUCGAGAAGCUCAAGCUCGCUUCCAACAAGGAGAAAUGCAACCCGUUAGCUGUCAAAUCAUGGGUUGACGCAGCGGUUAACCGGAAAAUCAAGCAUCUCGAGAUCGAUUUCUCCAAGAGAGACUUAGGGUUUGAUCUUCUCUCCACUGAGAUCUUCACCAGCCAGACUCUGGUGUGCUUGAGGCUGCGUUACGUGGCGUUGAAUGACUUCAGCAAGGUCUCUUUGCCUCGUCUUAAGACGAUGCUUUUGGAAGAAGUUAGGUUCUUGAAUGGUACGGCUUUAGAGAGCCUUAUCGCGUCUUGUCCGGUUCUUGAGGAUUUGAGCGUGGUUACGAGUAGAGAUGACGUCAAGGUCUUGCGAGUUUGCUCUCGGACGGUGAACAGGCUCGUGGUUACGAGUAGAGAUGAUGUCAAGGUGUCACGAGUUUGGGAUGGUUCGGAUAUGGAAGUUGUGAUCGAUGCUCCUAGGCUCGAGUUUCUGAGUCUUGAAGAUUACCAGUCCUCGAGCAUUACGAUAAAAAACAGUUUGAGUUCUUCUGCUAAAGUAGACAUCGGUGUGAAUUUCGAUGUCAAAGAUGUUUUGGACAGUGAUGACUCGGUGAAGAGAAGUAGCAUUGGUCAUUUUCUUGCUAACAUCUCUAAUGUCAGGGACAUGACCAUAUGCUCGAAAACUCUCAAGGUUAUCCGUCAAUAUUGCAAACUAGAAUUAUUACCUCAGUUUUGUUAUAUGUUCCAAUUGCAUGCUAAAAUAGCUUCUGCGGAUUUGGAAGUUUUGCAAGUUCUUCUUGAGAGCUGUCCGAGUCUGAAAUCACUCGUCUUGGAGCUGAGUGGUUCAAUCAAGAAGAAGGUGGAGGUUAGUUUCUCAUCUCGUGUGCCUUUGUGUUUGCGGUCAUGCCUCGAGCGUGUUGAGAUGAGAAGACCGGUUUACGGAGUCGAAGUAGAGAUGAAAGUAAUCAAAUACUUUCUUGAGAAUUCAACAGUUCUCAAGAAACUCACUCUGCGUCUUGGUUGUCCUAGGAUGAAGCAAGAGUCUGUCAUCUUCAUGGAGCUCCUGAGAUUCCGACGAUGCUCUAUGGAGUGUGAAGUCGACGUUGUUGGACUCGAAGAGACAUUGAUGAAACUUUGA